AUAAUGGUACAUAGUUACACCAGCCCCAUAAAUAGGGCUGUAGUGGCUCUCUGUUGGUCUGUCUCUUAUCUGUCGCCACCACAGAUAAGAGACAGAUUGAAUAAGAGAGCGACUACAGCCCUUCACGUGGGGCUACACCACCCCCAACCCGGCGGCACGCGUCAUGCAGUGUUCAUGCAAAACAGAUCGGAUGCCAACAUAUCGAGGAACAGUGUCAAGCUCACUGCAGAGGAUCCAAGGCUAAGCUGAAGGUAAUAAACUUUUACGGAAGAUUCUACCUUUGCUGAAAAGAACUGCGUCAUGUCAACUCAACGGAUUUUAGAACCCAUCGACUGCACGAAAGUUUAUAGCCCACUUUCGCCCCUUGGCAAGAUGUCGGAUCCAACAAGAGAUGUAAAUAUGAAUGUGAAGACGAUUAGGGACUUGUCAAAGAAAGCUGACGGGACCAAGGCCGUGGCGGAAUUCUACGACAAGUGGGCUGAGAAAUAUGACGAGGACCUGGAAAAAGGAAACUACGAGGGUCCAGCGUUGUGCGUUGACGCUCUCUUCAAAGUCUUGCCCGACAAGAGCGCCCUCAUCGUGGACUGUGCCGCGGGCACUGGGAAAGUGGGUGAAGGGCUGGCUAAACUUGGCUUCAAAAGAAUAGAUGCCGUGGAUAUCUCCCAGAAAAGCCUGGACAUUAGCGCCUCGAAAAGAGUCUAUGAAAGGCUGAUAUGCGACAGUCUUGGCAAACAUAAGCUGAAAGGAGUCGAUGAUGGUUAUUACAGUGGUUUGAUAUGUGUUGGUGGCGUAGCGGCUGGUCACAUAUCACAUGACGCCUUUUCGGAAUGGACACGGAUAGUGAAAAAAGGAAAAACAUACUCCCCGAUUCUUGGAAAGAUGUCGGAUCCAACGAAAGAUCUCGAAGAGAAUAUUAAGAUGAUUCGGCAAAUGUCCAAAAAACCUGAUGGGAUAAAGGCCGUGGCGGAAUUCUACGACAAGUGGGCUGAGGAUUACGACGAGGACCUGGAAAAGGAACACUACAAAGGUCCAGCUUUGUGCGUUGACGCUCUCUCCAAAGCGAUGCCCGACAAGAGCGCCCUCAUCGUGGACUGUGCCGCGGGAACAGGGAAAGCGGGUGAAGAGUUGGCUAAGCGUGGCUAUAAAAGAAUAGAUGCGGUGGACAUCUCCCCCAAAAGCCUGGACAUUAGUGCCUCGAAAGGAGUCUACGAAAGGCUAAUUUGUGACAGUCUUGGCAAACAUAAGCUGAAAGGAGUCGGUGAUGGUUUUUACAGUGGUUUGAUAUGUGUUGGUGGUGUAAGUGCUGGACACAUAUCACAGGACGCUUUUCCUGAAUGGACACGGAUAGUAAAAAAAGGCGGAUUCAUGGUGUUCGCUGUCAGCAAGGCUGUAGUGUCCGGAGAUCAACAGAACGAAGCUUUCAUUGAGACCGAGGACGCCAUAAGUGACUUGGUACAGAAGGGGGUUUGGGAGCUUGUGGAAAAGACAAACAUCCCAUACGUUAAAUCACAUGAGGCUGACUUGUAUACAAUUCGUCGUCUUUAAAAGAGUUCUAGUUGCUUUUCUCAAAGCUUGGGCCUGUCUUCGGAAUGGGGUCGCAACUGUUACUCGAUUUUCUGAAUUUUAACCAUUGGUUACAUUUUUCUACAACAAAAAACUACUCUUUGAAAAAACGUAGUUGAUUAAAAAAAAACGGCUAAAAAUCCGACAGCAUUGCAUGUGCUAUGACUUUUCAGAAAGACACAAGUGGAUGACAUGCGCUGUAGAGACACUGUUCCUCUUUGAGGGUCUAAAGAUAUCCCGCAAUCCUGUUACUGUCCAUGGAAAUUACGGUAUGGAAAAAAGUCGGCCGUUCUGUUAAUUAAUCGAAAAGUAAUCAAAACUGUUCAAUUAAUCAAUCAAGAACAAUUGUAAACUGAGGGGCCUGUUCUGUUCCGACUUCAACAUGAGCCACAGGCCAUUUUGUUGGAUUAUUUGUUCCAAGCAAAUUGAGAAGGGCUUUAUUGGGGAAUCAGAAAGUUUUGUUGUGUUUCCAUGAUUUCGAGAAGUGACAAAGUUUUACAAAGUAUUAACUGAUUACUCACUUUAAAAGGCCUACCAUUGCAUGUAAUGCGCAUGUCUGCCUCACUGGGCCUUGCAUUUUUGUGUGUUAACGAUUAUUUGUAGCCUUGCUCGUCAACUUAAAGAAAGCUUGCUUGGGUUACAUGACCAAAUUGUUUUGUGUCCAUUCCUGGCAUGCUAAGCAUUCAGUGAGCCCCCUUUAGGGCACGACCCAAAAGUAUGUGCAUUUAGGUGUGGUUUACCCCUGCACCAAAAACACCACUUUCAGGACACUCUCGUGUUUUGGAUUCGUUGCCUUUGUUAGUUGUGGUAGAAUUCUGGUUACAGAUUCUUGUCUCCUGCAGUCUUUUGGAGCCCGAUUUUACUGCACUGCCAUAUUUCGGUGAGUUGGAAAGUUUUCCCGAUGUUCAAUACAUACGCUAAGUACUUAGCUUUUGUGCAGUGAAUAAUUCCUUGUAACUUAAUCCAAUAUAUUCAUAACGCUUUAUCUUGCAAAUUUCUGAUGUAAAGCUUUUUUUUUAAUUUUUUUUUUUUAAAUUCCGUAAAUCCUUGUGAUACAGGAUACCUCAUGCCUGUGAUGCAAGUGGGAAAAUGGCAUUUUGUAGCACGGUUUGGUUACAUGUAUAUUUGUAACUUUUGAAGCCGUACGUUAGUGUAAGGUUGAAAAUGUAUGACUUCAUGUACUAGUCUGACUUCAUAUAGUACUCUGGAUAUUUACUUUGCAUAUUUUUGAUUGGGAUUUAUGUGGAUUAUUUACACAUGUACUGUUGUUUGUUCAUUUAUUUCAUGUAGGUGUUUUACAAGUUGCUUUUAUUUAAUACCGUGGCCUUGGUAAAAUUUGGUGGUUUUUUUGCAAUUUUGGCUAAACCUGUUGUGUUAAUUUAUUUCAUUAUUGCAAAAUGGGCAUAUUUCGCCCCACGAGAACAACCCUCUGCUACUUUGCUUGUUCAUAAUGUCACUGAACGUAUAAUGUUUGAUUGUGGGAAACAUUUCUGAUCACUUUGUUUUUUCAUUUUCAUAUUAGGUGAAUUGUGUACGUUAAUUUUCGAUUGGUUGCAUUUGCAUGAUUAAAGAUAGUUGGAGUUGAUCGAUCUUAACGCAACCGUCUCAAAUGGAAGAGAUAAAUG